CACUUCCGGGUGUGUUCGACUUUUCCCCCCUUUCACAACUUUUGUCUCUUUUUCUUUUUCCUCUUUUCUUUCUGUUCAAACUUCAGUUUCUCAGCUCAAACGCGAGGAGCUAACGGACCUCCAGAGGCGGGAAGAAGAACAUCUGACGGUUGGAGCAAAGGAGAAGAAAGGAGGAGGUUUGCAGGAAUUAAAGCGUUGCCGUGUACGAGGUCGAAGCUCAACCUGCUUCAGCUCGUAAACUCCAGGAAACAAACAGUAACUGCAACCACACCGACGACACCGUCACUUCCUGUCCAGCUGAGGCCAUGUCAGAGGUCACCAUGGAAACUGGGCCGAGCAAAGACCCCCCAGCGACCCCACAGCAACCAGGAGGUGGACCUGUGGUUGUUCAAGGCAACAACAAGAACCCAGCCAGUGAGAAGCUGCAGAGAGUCCGCAAGUGGAGCAUCACCACCUAUAAGUGCACCAGGCAGGCUCUGUCGGAGAAGCUCGGUCGUGGAUCUCGUACGGUGGAUCUGGACCUGGGGCCUCGGCUCGAGCUGCUCAAAGACGACCGACAACGCUACGAAAACGUGACCAAGCUGGCUCAGACGCUGGCCAAUCAGCUCGCUCAGUUCACAGUCACCCAGAAGACCCUGGGGGACGCCUUCAGCGAUCUCAGCAUCAAAACGCCAAAACUGCACGUGGAGUUUGGUCUGAAUGCAGAAGCUCAGAAGUUUCUGUGUAAGAGCGGCGAGGCUCUGGCAGAGGCCAUUAAUGCUUUCACGUUGGACAUGAACACCCUGGUCAACAAAACCAUCGAGGACACUAUGAUCAACGCCAAGAAGUACGACGCUGCCAGGAUCGAGUACGAUGCGUACCGAGUCGACCUGGAGGAGCUGAACCUCGGGCCCCGGGACGCCGUCACCCUGCCCAAACUAGAGCAGGCCCAGAAAGACUUUCAGAGCCAGCGGGAGAAGUACGAGAAGAUCAGAGACGACCUGUCCGUCAAAGUCAAGCUGCUGGAGGAGAACAAGGUCAAAGUCCUCCAUAACCAGUUGUGGCUGCUUCACGGCGCCGUUGCUGCUCACAGUUUAUCGUGUCACAGCUUUCUGGAGAAAAACAUGCGUCAGGCCAGCGAACACCUCAACAACGCCAGCGUGGACGACCCCUCCUGGCUGGAGGAAAGUUGACACAACAACCAAACCUGGUCACAUGGCAGGUGGACAGAUGUGGGUUUGGAUUGAAAAAAGAUGUUUUGGGAUAAAUGGACACUAUUGUGGCAAAAGUUAGGGAGAGAGAUUGUUUUGGGAUUUUUGGACUAGAAAUGUUAGGACAGAUGUGAAAUUUGGGAUAGUCAGUCCAGUGGGUAGGUAGUCUAUUUAUACCAGAGUGUAACUGGAGUUUGUGGGUUUCAUUUCCAGCAUCUGGAAAACUAAAUGUUUGCACCAGAAACAGGGAAUUAGAUAGUUUAGAGGGAAAAUUAUUUUGGAUAUACUUAAUAUACCUCCUGCAGGUCUGAAAAGGCUUCAAGGAGGUGGAAUUUCAUCACUUUCCAGGUCUCAAAGUGUUGUGAAACUGCAUGUAAAGGCUUAGAAAGUGUUAUUCUGAACAAAAAUUGAGGACAAAAGAAUCUCUUUACUAUACACAGACUUGUGACUUCUGACCUGUUUAACAGAGGCACACACAUGUACCCCUCCUGGUUUUCUUGCCUCUGUCUCAGUGUGUUGGGGAGUAAAUCCAUCUAAUCCUCUGUGAGGCACUAAGCCUUUCUUUGAACUUUAAAAAUCCUCAGCCACUGCAGUCGGGAACAAAAAAGUGCCUUAACUCCACUUCAGGAAAACAGCUUCACUGUCCGCAGAGGUUGGUUUGAUCCACAACUCUGACCUUAAGAUAGUUCUGUUUUGGAUAUGGGUCCAGGUUGGUAGCAGCUUCUCAUUUGGAGCCGGCGCUGACCAUCACUUCUGCCGGUUAAAAUAACAUGUUGCUGGCAGCAGAUCACAUUCAGCUAAAGUUAAUACAAGUUAUUUGGUAAAAGGCCAAAAUCAAACUUCUCUGGUUAAUGUGUCCUGUGCCAAAGAUUAUUGGUGAGGUAAAAGAUGUUUUUGCAUCACCACUCUAUGAUUACAAGAGGACCAGACUAUGUCCAAGACUAGAGUGAUAAAUCUACAGAAACAAACUUUAUUACAUCAUAUCAGUCAUUUAUUCUCAGCAACUUAAUCGGGACCACCAGUGUUUGGAUCAAGUAGCUUGUAAAAAAUCAGGUGAAAGUGACAGAUGAUGGAUGGCCACCCAUAAAGUUAACUUACCAGCUACAUAGUUUUAGUAGCACUGGUCUGGUUGGCUGUUGGUCAUUUCACUCACUGGUUUACAUGGCAGGAAGCUCAGCAGCCUUCAGAGACCAAUUUGAAUAGUAAUAACGAACCAAAAACUGUCACUAUACGUCGACGAUUAUGCCUCGUUCAUAGGUGAAGAAAAGUUAGUUGCCCCCAAUAUUUCAGGCAAUACUUCAUCAGUAGACAUGAUUUAGGUGUUCAUUAACUGUCUCUUCUAUCUAAUAAUGUGAUAUUAUUAGUCUUAAAGCCCCUUUUAAAAGUUUAAACCUCAACCACAACAAUUUUUUUUAACUCAAACUUAAAUUGCGUCCACAUGCCACAGUGGUUGGUACUUCUCAAUGCACUCCAGUUACAUUCCAGUUCAUAGACCGCUAAUAUAUUCAUUUUAUCAGAGAGUUUCACAGUAAGAAACCACUUAAUUAUCUAUCGUACAGACCGAUAUCCGGGCCAAAACUUCCUCUGCAGUCUGAUCAGGAACUUAACACACAAGAAUGACAAGAAAGACACAUUUAUGGCUAAUUCUGUAAACAGCAUUGAUUAAAAAAAAAAAAAAAAAAAA